GUUCCCAGCAGUAGUUUCCGGUUUCUCUGGCACCUGUGGCGAGUCGACACUUCGGAGUGAGCUUGAGUGGUUCUUUGAGCGGAGCUUGAGUUCUGCCGCUGGGAUGGCAGACCGCGCCCCGCUGCUCGAGUACGAGGAAGGUCCCGCUGUCACAUUCUCCCCUUGGGAUGGCUCCAACCCAGCUCCUGGGAACGGAGCCGGAUCAGCGGCCUCAGCGCGCGGAGCUGCCGACAGCUGGAACCCGGUGUCGGACCCGGAGAGAGAUGCGGCCACGGCUCCAGGAGCUCAGCAGCAGGAAGAGGAGGAGCAAGUGGUGGCCGUGUUUGUGGUAACUUUCGACACUAGAGCAGGUAACAUUGUUGAAUGGUGUCUGCCACAUGAAGUGGACUUAGAAGGUGUGGAAUUUAAAUCCAUGGCCAGUGGAUCUCACAGAAUAAACUCUGAUUUUGUCUACUUUCGAAAAGGUAACUACUUUGGUAUGGCAUGCUUUGCCAACAUGCCAGUGGAGAGCGAGCUGGAACGAGGCGCUCGAAUGAAAUCUGUUGGAAUUCUGUCCCCAUCGUAUACCCUCCUGUACAGAUACAUGCAUUUCCUGGAGAAUCAGGUCAGGCAUCAACUUGAAAUUCCUGGUCAUUAUGCACAAUUAGAAGCCUUUUAUGAAGACAAGAAAGGUGUUUUACCCACAGCGAUGAGCAGCAAAGGAAUUCCUACGUCCCUUCAGCCCCUUCACUGGUUGCCAACUGUUAAUAAAUACAUGUAUCCUGAGAUGAAGAUCACUCAUCCUGCAGGAUGCAUGUCGCAGUUCAUCAAGUUUUUUGGGGAGCAGAUAAUGGUUCUUUGGAAGUUUGCACUUCUAAGGAAACGGAUUUUGAUUUUCUCACCCCCACCGGUUGGAGUGGUCUGCUAUAGAGUUUACUGUUGUUGCUGUCUGGCCAAUGUUUCACUGCCUGGGAUCAGAGGAGUGCCUGAAACCAAGCCUUAUUUCUACGUCAGUGUAGCAGAUAUUGAAACUCUGGAGACUGAAGUAUCUUAUGUGGCCUGCACAACAGAGAAGAUUUUUGAAGAAAAGAAAAAUCUGUACGAUGUUUAUGUCGAUAACCAAAAUGUGAAAACUGACCGUGAGCACCUGCAGCAACUACUUAAAAUAAACAGUGCAGAUAAGGACAAGUAUCGCAAGCUCAAUGACCAGAGGCAAAUGCUACUUUAUUCUCAGGAGGUGGGGGGAGAUUGCAGUACCAAUGAAGAAGACCUGUUCAUUCUGUUUUUCAUGGAACAGAACAAUCGGAUCUUCCAGAUGUUGCUGGAAGUGUCAGCAUGCCAAGAUAAAACACUUACAGCUGACCACGUAAGGAGUAUGGGGCUGGAUCCCCAGGGGGAUCGCAUCUUCCUGAUGGAUUUACUUGAAGUUUAUGGGAUUGACGUGAUGUUGGUUAUUGACAAUCCUUGUUGCCCGUGAUCCAAGUGAACUUUGACUAGUGAACUGCCGUAUGAACUGGACGGGACCAAGAUGAGAGGUAUGAUUGGAUACAUUGAGUUUAAAAAAACCAAGUGCACUUGCCCCAUGACUUGCCACAAUCUCUCGCGUUGUGCCCAGGUCAGUUCAUGGGUCACUUGUUUUGGCUCUUCAGUUAUCUGCGUGUUUAAAGAUUGUUGGAGAAUUAACCAAUGGAAGAAAUCAGAACGGUUUCACUGAAAGAAAAACCCAAUUGAAAUAACCAAUGGAAGAAAUCAGAACGGUUUCACUGAAAGAAAAACCCAAUUGAAGGAAAUUUUAUUUAUUUGUAGUUUUGAUUGUUCCUUUUUUGUCAUUUGUGAAUGUGUUUUAUAACACACAGCUGUGAAUUAGCACAUACACAUGCAUGAAUGCAUUUGUGAACUUAUUUUAGUACAUCAGACACUCCAUACUACACCACUGUGAAAUGUAGUGAGCCUUUCCUGUUUAUAUUUCAACCAAGAUUGCAUUCUUCUUUUCAGUAGGUCCUCAGUUUGAUUUUCGUUAGCCGCUCUGCUUAAUGACUUGCAAUGGCUCAUUCCCUUUUAAAUUCUGAAUAUUUUGUCUUGAACAGGUAUUUAAAAUCAUCCCUUUGCACAAUUUUUAAGACUUAUAGAUGGCUUUGACGUCCACAUGAGAACAAAUUUAAUCACUAAGUUACAUAUCCUAUUACAGUGUAUUAUUGUUAAUUUGUUGGAGACUCAGCAUUUCAAAUGCAGGGAAUGGAAGGAAUUUUCUGAUCCACAAUAGUUCUCUCAGGUGACAGUCUUCUGCCAACUCAUGUUAAACAAAUUCAGCAAUUCUUUGAAUGUUUGACUGUAUCUUGUACCUUGCUGUUAAACAGCAAUAACAAGGGAAUGUUGGAGCCUGUUUAUGGAGUGAUCAAUCUUUUAAGUUAGAAAAACAGUGCUACCUGUAAGGCAGUUGCAUGGAAUAGGUUGCAUGCUUUUCAUUAAGCCUUUGCAUCUUAGGCAGUUUGCUCAAGAUGAGAAAUGGUAUUGCUGUACACCAAGCUGCCGCCUUAACUUUUGUUUAGCAUUCUUUGAAAUGUUUAUACUGCUUUUGGCAUUCAUUUAAUGAGCAAAAAAUUUAAGAUCAAAUUUAAAGUGACAUUUGAAAAUAAAGUUCUAAAUAGUACUUAGGCAUGUAUUAAAUAGAAGGACUAAGUAAAGUUUUGAAGAAAGGUCUUGCGUAAGAAAAGAAAAUGGUAAAGAAUGUUAAAAUAAUUGCAGAAAUGUUGAGGCUUGGAUUAAAACAAGGCAGAUUGAAGGGGUGGUGGAGAAACAAAAUAAGUAUUUGUCUCUUUCAGUGUUUUUGUAGGAAUGAGGGGGUAAGAGGAGGUGAUGGGUGAACCAUUUGGAGGGGACAACUGUAGAUAAGGAAGUACUAAGAAAAAUUGGUGAAACUCAAUGAUAAAUCAGUUACAGAUGGGUUGGGCUUGCAUUAUAUGCUAACAAGUUUUGAAAGCUGGGCAUUGUUACUCAUCUGCAAGAUGUGCUCAAAGUUAAGGGUUUUGAUACAGAAAAAUGAUGCAAACUAUUUCAGCUGCUUGGUGAAUCCUUAGCUGGAAGGUAUCAAAUUAGGCAGAUCCAAAAAAAAUGAAGUUGGUUUUGGGAACAUUCUCUCUAAUUGUGCUUUAGUAUGUAAAACCCAAAUUGAAUGUUAAACAGGAAUUAAUAAAUGUUUUAAAGGACAGUUGGAUGAAAUAGAAUGAAUAGUCGAGACGUACAGGGCCCAUUUAGAGUGAUAUCUUUGUUCUGUAAAAUUGAAGUUUAAUAUAUAGAUCGAAUAAAAAUAAGAAUAACUAACUACCUACAGGAUAUGUUCACAUUCUUUAAAAGUACAGUAUUAUAAUAAACAUUAUAGCAAGAAGGCUUUGCAACUUUAAACAGUUGUCUCAUUUCUUUACCUUGUAUUCACUUGCAAAUGUAAAUUCAGGUUGCUUCCUGAGAUUAUCAUAAUUUACAAAGUGGAAUAUUUUACCACUAGUGACUACUUAAAUGUGACUGAGAUUUCGUUUUGCCACACUCAAGGUAAUCCUGAGAUAAGCUCCUUAAUAUGUACCAAUCUGUGAAAACAAUUCACUCUUGUAAAACCUCCUCAGAGUUUUCAAACAUUGCUUAGAUUCAAGGGUUUUUUUUUUUUAAAACUUUCCGGUUAGUUAAGAUUCUAAAUUUUUCAACAGUGUCUUAAUCAAUAUCAUUUCAUUUCCUUGAGCAAUUUUAAUAGAUAUUGACCAAAACUUGCCAUAGCUCUAAUAUUUUAAUAGGAAUGUUCAGAACUCUAACUAAAGCCUACAAACAACGCACGUUUAAAUUUGAUGUUACUUUGUUCACAACCCUUUUUGUGGUGUUAUUCAAUGCGCACUUACACAAUAAGGAGUAGGUUAUGCCUUACAAAUUAUUUGGAGCUCAUGAAGUGGUUUUUGAUUUAUUGAACAGGUAUUAUGUGACAGGUAUUUUUUGUUAAAUUUUAAGGGCAGUUAAGGCUCAUGAAAGUAAUGAUGAGCUGGAUAGUGUUAUUGAAAAUUGUCAAUAAACUUAAAAUCCCCUGGAAGAGGGUAGGGUGGCAUUUUGGCAGUGGCAGCAGCACAGUGCCACAAUCCAGGAAGGAUCAUAAGCAUCACUGUCCAUUAGAGAGAAUCAGUGAUUAUACAUACCUUUUUGAGGAUAGCCACUCUCCAAGCAUGGAGGAAGGUGAGGAGGCAAAGCCUGUUUGGGAUCAACCCUGUGCUGUACUGAACAUGUCAGCAAUGAUAUGGUAGGGGCAGCUGUAGCAACAAAAUUUUACAGACGGCCAAAGCAAAUACCAUUACUGACUAAUCUAAGGAAAUUUAAAGUAUUCAAAUGGCUCUAGACAAAUUGAAAAAUGGUAUAAUGAAUGUCAUUGACCUUAAUGUCAGUAAAGUAAUGCACAUUAGAACGUGGAAACUGUCUCGUCAGUAAAUGCCCAUUAGUAAAGUAUGAGAGAUAUGUGUGAUUAUUGACCUUACUUCAAUUAGCCAAUCAAUAUUAAACUCAUCAGAGAUCUAAGUAUAGGAAAACUCUCAAGGGCAUUUGAGUAAGUUGUUAAGGUCAUACUGAAAAUAUUGUUAGAUUCCAUACCCCAUCUUUCAGGAAUUAAUCCUCUCUUUUUAUUUGCGUAUUAGGAAUGUUGGCACUUCAUUGCAUAUACAGUUGCACUGCCACACAUGCCCCUGACUUGAAAAUUCAAAUCUAGAAUUUUAUGUUUAAUGAUGAACUUUUAAUAUAUAACCACAGAUGCUGUAGUAUGGAGUAUCUGGUGCAUUUUCUCACCAAUCACUCUCGAAGGCAAGACUUGUGUUUUUUUAAUUUUAGAAAUAGUGUUAUCAUCCAAUAAUUUUAUGUCUUUAAAAAGUAAGAUUCUGCUCCAGGUGUUGGGAGACCAAGAUUAGGUUUCACAUUUGAUUCUGAGAGUAUCAAUACUUUAAUUUGUAAAGUUCAUUCCAUUGUAGAUAUUUUUAAUGAUGACUUGCACUCUGUUUCUGAUCGGAGCCGUAAUUGGGAAGGGGGUGACUUUUAUUGCUGGAUUGAAGGGUAGCUUUAAUGCUGGAUUGAUGUUGAUAGUACAUUGAAUUUAUGUGAGCUGCACUUUGCCUACCAUGAGUUUGGAGCCUAAACUGCAUUAUGUAGCUAAUCCAAGUGAUCAUUUUUGUUUACAUUUGUGGUCUACCCGUUUUCAGUUUGUGUGUUUUGUAGUACUAAAUUUCAAAAAGUAUAUGGUUACUGUGUAUGUGCAUUUGCAAACAUUUUGUCAUUGAGAAUGGACACUAAGUUUUUCCUACUUUUCCCUGCCAGCCAGGGUUGAGUGAGUUUUUUUCCUUAGCCACGUUGUUAAUUUAAUAUUGGGAGAUAUGAUUAAGCCUAGCACGUGAGAGAUACACCAAUCCACUUAUUUUUAUUGAUACAGUUGCUGAAUUAACACCUAUCGCAACUUAUUUCAUCUAUUCAAUUAUGUUUUUGAGCUUUGGUGUGAUUUUCUUUUGGUUUAGCCGUAUUUAAGGAUAUAUUUGACACCUGGCUAGAUCUCCUGGUGCUACCAACAUGACUAACAUUUCUGCCAGUGAAGCAUUUAAUUCUUUGACUCCUUUGCAUUAAUAUUUUGUAAUGUUAAAAGGGUGCAGUUAAGCAGCAAUAACCAACUUGUAUUAUAAAGAAUAAUGACCAAAUUGAUGGAUGUAUGAUUACGACUAAAAUAUUACUAUCGUAGUUCAUGUUUAGUCUGCACUGAUAAGUGAUGAUGCCGUGUAUAAGGUCCAAACCAAUGCUGCUGUUGUAUAGUAUGUCCAAGUAUUGAACAUGUAACCAGGUAUUGUAGUCUUUUGUAUAGUAUUGCCUGGUAUGUCUUAACUGUACACACUGAAAUAUUCAAAGUUGCAUGGACAUAAAGUAAACAGUAAUUUUAAAAACGUGACCACACAAUCUGAACACAGCAUUUGUGUACGUUCUAUAUUUUAAAUCAUCAUCUCCUAAUUUUCACACUAAUUUUGAAGUCUUCUAUUUAUGGUUAUAAAACAGUUAUCUUGGACAGUAAAUUAUCUGUUUUGACAGCAUUAAUGGUCUUUUUCACUUUAUUACACUGGUGUGACACGAAUCACCUGAUUUGAUGUAUCCAGACAUGGGUGAAUCCACACAACUGGUGACUCAGUCUGAGAUCUUACUGCACAAUGAUCAACUUUCAGAACCAUUUUAACUAAAGCGAUAUUGUAAUCCAGUCAUUUCCAUACAUGAAAAAGAAUAUGUACACACCUGCAUCCAUGACGUCUUAAUUCCUAAUAACAUGAUCCCAUUGAAUGACAAAGCAGGCUCGAGGAGUUAAAUGACCUCUUCUUUUCCUAUUUCUUAAGGGCUUGUGGAACUUUUUAUUUGCUUUCAUUAUUGCCUUCUGACAUUUUUUUUGAAAGAAGCUUGAUAGAAAACUUCAAAUUUUGGAAACAAAAUGGAUUUUAGUAAAUAGUUUUGUGACAUUUUUGGCAAAGUGUUUGUGUACUCACCAAUAAACUUGGAUCAAACCCCCUAGUGUUCAGAUUGCACCUAGAAAUUGUUCUUCCUCCUUUAGCUGCAGGCUUUCAGCUUCUACAGUAAGUGUCCUGUGGAGGAAAGGUAAGCAACUUUGUCCUUGGGCAUUGAUUGGAUCGAUAAUAACAGACAUUGAAUGUCACUGGGGAUAGGAAAAUAUGACAUUGGUAGUUUUUUGUUUUAAUUUUUAAAACUUUAAGAACACUGCUCCACUCUUUGAUACACUGUUAGCCUUUUUUUCUUGUGAAGCUGUAGUCUGCUCAAUUUUUGAAAUUUUCAUUAUCUAUUAAAGUGCAGCAGUGUUGAUUGACAUUGACGUUAAUCAGUAUGGUAUAAGGAGAGCAAUGAGAAAGCUAUACUGCCUCUGCCAGUAGUCUGUUGGGUUCUUGGUGGAAACCAAGGCUGUGAACUUGAUCAUGUUAUGACAUUUUAAGAUUUUAGAUUCAAGGUUCUUACUUACUGUUAUUGCCUGAGAUUAAGAAAUGCUGUGGUUGCAGUGGGAGCCUUUAAAAUGUUUUAUAAGGUGCUGUGAAAUUUAUCUGUAUUUCAUUGUUAGGAUUAGAAGAACAUAGAAUGGAAAACUUGGAUUUUUAAAAGAAGGUACCUGCUGUUGAAAUUACUAAAAGGGGUUGUUUUUUUUAAAAAUAAAAGGUGUAUGUGAAGAGAUGUAAAUUUCUCAAUGUUUUCUGUGGAUAAUUUUGUACUCUGUAAAUCUGGAUAGAUGUGCCUAAUAUAUUUUCUAAUUAAAAGUUAUCCGUAGCAAAUCUUA